AUGGCACAGGAAGAGGCCGAAGAGGAGGGACGACCGCCAUAUUUACAUGCCAUGAUUGCGGGAGGAAUUGGCGGAACCACGGGGGAUCUUCUUAUGCACUCUUUGGAUACGGUUAAAACUCGUCAACAGGGUGAUCCUCAUGUUCCGCCAAAGUAUACCAAACUAUCGUCCUCAUAUUCUACGAUUUUGCGACAAGAAGGAAUACGGAGAGGGCUAUAUGGAGGAUGGGUUCCUGCUCUUCUUGGUUCUUUUCCUGGCACAAUUAUAUUCUUUGGAACAUAUGAGUACAGCAAAAGGCAUCUAAUAGAUAAUGGCAUUCCACCAUGGUUUGCCUACCUAUCCAGUGGUUUUGUCGCCGACUUUGCAGCCUCGUUCGUAUACGUACCUUCCGAAGUCCUUAAAACUCGUCUACAACUCCAAGGGCGAUACAAUAACCCAUUUUUCAAGUCCGGUUACAAUUACAAAAACACAGCACAUGCUGCCCGAACAAUAGUCAAGCAAGAAGGGUUCUCGGCUCUAUUCUACGGUUACAGAGCAACAAUCGUUCGAGACCUACCAUUUUCGGCAUUACAAUUCGCAUUUUACGAGCAAGGUCAAACAUGGGCGAGAAAAUGGAAGGAGAGCCGAGAUAUUGGAUUGCCAUUGGAACUCGUAACAGGAGCGGCAGCUGGUGGUUUGGCUGGAGUAAUUACAUGUCCUCUGGAUGUUGUGAAAACAAGGAUCCAAACUCAAGUCAUUUCCGACCCAGAGUCUACUUCCAAGCAGGCCUCAAAAUCUGCGAAAAAUGCCUCCCAUAAAUCUACCCGUGCGAAGCCAACCUCUACAAAAUCUACAAAACCUACAAAGCAUCAGAUUAGAUCGAUAUCCACGUCAUCCCCUUCCACGCAUACCCCGCGUCCUGGUAGCAUCAUUCUCGAUACCUCUUCCGUCCCCACCGGACUUAAACUUAUCUAUAAAACGGAAGGCAUAGCAGGGUUGUUUCGGGGGGGUAGGACCGAGAUUUGUGUGGACGAGUACACAAAGUAG